CACACAGUGAACCAUGCGCACAGAUCAGUGAAAGGAAGUGUAGGAAGUAGAACACAAGUAGCUUCCUUUCUGCUUUAGACUUUAGUAAAACUUCCUUAGUGAAAUCUGUAAGAGGAAUUGCAGUAAGAGAAGAAGAUUUUAUCCAGCAGUUGUGAAAGGAAGAGAACUAACAAGUUGGUCAACAUGCCAGAGGAAGGCAAAGCUAGCAAGGAUAAUACAAUGGUUAGCUCCUCACCCUGUUUUAGGAAGGAGUAUGUCCGGGUCGGCCUGGCAGAAACUCUCAGCACGUUUGUCAUGAUGGUUUUUGGACUAGGUUCUGUUGCCCAGGUGGUCACAGGAGGGGGAAUUUUUGGAGAUUACUUGAGCAUUAAUCUUGGAUUUGGUCUUGCUGUGGCGAUGGGGGUGCAUACUGGUGGGAAGGUAUCAGGUGCUCACAUGAAUGCAGCUGUGUCCUUCACCAUGUGUGUGUUUGGCCGCCUGAGCUGGAAAUUGCUUCCACUUUACAUAGUUGCACAGCUUCUAGGAUCCUUCCUGGCUGCUGGAACUAUUUUUACUCUCUAUUAUGAUGCCAUCUUCAGUUACUGUGACGGUAACUUGACUGUGUCUGGAACGAAAGCUACAGCAGGGAUCUUUGCAACUUAUCCAGCACCUUACCUCUCAAUACAUUUUGGAUUUUUAGACCAGGUGCUUGGUACCGCCAUGCUGCUGUUGUGUCUAAUGGCUCUGGCAGAUCAGAAAAACCAGCCAGCAACACCCGGUGGACAGCCCCUCGCCGUAGGUGCUCUUGUACUUCUAAUUGGAGUGUCCAUGGGAAGCAACAGUGGCUAUGCCAUCAACCCCACACGAGACUUUGCACCAAGACUCUUCACAGCCAUGACAGGCUGGGGAUCAGAGGUAUUCAGGGCAGGCAACAGCUGGUGGUGGGUGCCCGUGGUGGCACCGUUUGUAGGUGGAGUGACUGGCGCUUUAAUGUAUAAAACAUUUGUGGAGCUGCUCCAUCCCACACAUACUGACAAAGAUCAUAAAGAGAAAGAAGCAUCCGAGUCGACUCCACUGGAUCUGUGCAGUAAAUGCAAUGCAGAAGUGUCCGUGUGAACCUUGAAACUAUCGAGUAAUAAGGAGAUCAUGCAAUGGGAAAUGCCAAAAAGAAACAAGAUAUAAGAGGGGCCAAGAGAAAACUGGAAUGCCUUGAAAUACAGUGAAACAGAAGCUCUACUACUUCAGUAUGGACCUGCUUGGUUCUCUGAACACAGAUUGAAGACUUUUUUAAAUUCACUAUACAAUAAUCAGAGAGCAAGCUCAGGUAAAACUAUCUGGAUUUUGUGUUGGUUUGUUAGUUUAGGCUCUGGGCUGUUAAUCAGAUGGUCACAAGUUCAAAUCCUACCUCUUCUACUCAAGCAGGACCGCUUAACCCUCAACUACAGGUCACUUUUCAAACAAAAGAAUGAAUGUAAAUGUCAACAUGAAGACUAAUAAACACAUGAUAAUAAGCAAUAUUAAGUGUUACGGGUAGCAGCUUAUGCUACAGACUAAACAUUCAGCAAUGGCUAAACUGGUGCGUAAGGUAUUUUUGUUCCUUUUUUUUUAACACACUUUUAAUGUUCCAAGGCUAAUGUGACUUCAUGUGACUAAUGUGUCACACUAAGUAAAAUCCCUGUUUGUUCCCUUCCACCCUGACAGUAUUGCAUUAUAAUGUAAGUCAUUUAUAAACUAAACAUGGAUGAAUACAAUAUAAGUCAUUUAUGAAUCUAAGGAAAGUAGAAUUCAGACCUCAAAUAGGAGUUAUUUCUGGAUAUUAGAAAUGAAUGCUAGUUUGUACAGGGAUAGGUGAUAAUCCACUACAGAUCUAGUAAUGCAAGUAAAGCUAACCUGGAGCAGGCUAAGCAGACAAGCAACAAUGCAACAACAGGAUUGCCGAAUUGGAAAAAAAUAUAGUGUGAAAAAUAGUGGGAGCUGUAGCCUACAUCAUGCUUGAAGCCUUAUUCGCAUAGCCUUUUUUUCCGUGUUUCUCCUUAUUUUCCCUCCAAUUUUCUCCCCUAAUCUAGUCGUAUCCAGUUACCCUGAUUGCGUUAUGCUUCACCUCCACCGAUACAACCCUCCACUGCUGACUGAGGAGCUUCGCAACUGACACACGACCCCUCCGACACGUGUGCAGUACAGACUGCCUCUUUUUACCUGCAUAAGGCGAGUUCAUAUGCGGAUCAGCUUUGUGCACAGAGAGCCACACCCUGAUCAGCAUUGUUCCCCAACUCUGCCAUCAAUCAGCCAGCAGAGGUCAUGAUCUACUGCACAAUGACAUGGCUAGCAAGCUAGCUAUGUGGUACCUAUGUGGCUUGUGUCAUGUAGUUAAUUACAAACUGUGAAGCAGUGUGACUUUACUUAGCUAGUUAGAUUUAAUUAGUAAAAUAGUACUAUUGGCUCACUACACAACCAGCAAUUUGCAGACAGUUAUAGAAAUGCUCAGUCGAGGCAGCAAGUUUGUUAAAAAUCUUCUAGUAAUUUGUUUGAGUCGAUCCAAUUGAAAUGCUAUAUGUACAAGUCACUAUAUAUUUGACAUAAUGUAAUGUGAUGUGAUAUGGUUUACAUGAUGUGCAAAGUGAAAAACCUUGAUCUGAAUAAAUGUGUAAUAAAUAAAUAACUUCAUAAA